AUGUCAUCAGAAAAAAAGAUCGGUACUCAUGAUGGCUGUUUCCACUGUGAUGAAAUCUUAUCCAUAAUAUUGCUGAAACACUUGCCAGAGUUCCGUGAAGCUAAAGUAGUUCGCUCACGUGAUCCAGAGGUUCUGUCUACAUGCGAUGUAUUAGUUGAUGUUGGUGGAAUAUAUGAUCCCAACUUACUUAAAUUCGAUCAUCAUCAGAAGGAAUUCUCUCUGUCAUGGUCUGAGUAUUUUGGAGUUAAAAUGUGGGACGUGAAGUUCAGCAGUGCUGGUUUGAUAUAUGUGCAUUUUGGGAAGAAAGUGCUUUCCUUAUUAACGGGACUGAAAAUUGACAGUGAGGCCCUGGAGAAAAUAUUUACCAAAAUAUACGAAUCGUUCGUUUUGGAAAUCGACGGAGAAGACAACGGCGUUUCUCAGUCUCAGUCAUCCUUGAGAUACAAUAUACAUACUGGUUUGUAUUCCAGAGUUCGCCGUCUCAAUUCACGGUGGAAUCAGGAAAAUGAGACUGAGACCGCAUUUUGUCGGGCCCUUGAGUUAGUGGAUAGAGAAUUCCUUGAUAUUGUGGACUAUUUUGCCCACUGCUGGUGGCCUGCUAGGAAUAUUGUGGAGAAGGCAAUGAAAUGUCGUGCAGAUGUUGAUCCUUCAAAAACUAUUAUAGUGUUAGAGAAGUCGUGUCCAUGGAAAAGUCAUCUGUUUGAUCUGGAGCGCGAAGAACGCAUGCAAACACCUGUAUAUCCCGAACCACUGCGCCUGGCAAGUUUUCGCCCAAUACCGAAAUUUCCUCCGAAAAUUCUCUUCGUUGUCCUACCGUCAGAUGGAAAUUGGGUUGUUCAAGGCGUUCCAAAAGAAAAGUUUGAAAUACGGUUACCGUUUCCGGUUGAGUGGCGUUCACUUCGAGACAAUGACUUAUGCUCAAUAACUGGAAUAUCAGACUGUAUUUUCGUUCAUAAUGGUGGUCAUUUAGGCGUCAACAGAACACGUGAAGGUGCCAUUGAGAUGGCUCGUGCUGUCAUAAAGUCAUCCAACGGUGAUGAAGAAAAUCUGCCUAGUAUGCCUCGGGGUCCAGUUAAGUAUAGUCGUGGUUGUAAAUUAGCUUUUCAAGUGCGUAGUCGGAAAUUGUAA